CUCAGUUGGUGAGCGACGGAGCAGGAGGAGGCACAGUGUUGGUUUGUGGAGAAGGGAAGCUGUCGAUAUUCUGAGCAAAUUCAGUCUCCCCGUCGGAUGGCGAGGUGGAUAGCCACACAAGACAGAUUUGAUGUUAUGAUUUAUUAAGGAUCAGCAAAUGAAAUGAGAAGAACAUUUCAUAUUCAGGCGUAAAUCUUGCUGGAAUAAGCGAUGUUAAAUCAACGGUUUACCUCCUGGUCAGAUCAUUUAAGGUGCAGUUUGUGAAUUCUGCUGCCUUGGCUAACUAGGGUAUCAGUGGUUCAGAAAGGGGUAUGGCCCCAGCCCUGACCAAAGUCCUGAAAGAUGGCCAUGGCAUCCACCUGUCCUCACCUCCUUCCUCUGUCAGAGUGGACUCAAAUGGGAGAGCCGUGCGCAGUACAGAGCUGGAGUCUCACAUGAGACCAACAGAUGAUGGUGACUCCCAGAAGAUGUGGUUGAACCUUUCUUUGUUUCCCUCUCUGGACUCCUGCCUGCCUUUGAGCCCCCUGGAUGUCCCUGCAAACCCUUUGCUUUUCCCAUGUCUGCAGGCGUCUGUCAGCCAGUGUGAGGCAGUGCUCCUACCCAGCCCUGCUUCCCUCCUCAGCUUCCUGUCAGUCAAUAAAAGCCUGAAAGAUUCUCAUCAGGUGGUCUCUGUCUUACCAGGUGUACCAGACAUGUUUUUAGGCCCUGUCUCUGAGCACAAUAGCCAAGAGGCUUGUCUGCUGCAUGGUUGUGGUGCUGCUCCUGAAUGUGGGCCAGAUGGUGGUGAUGUGCAUCGCUCCCCUUUUACCCUUACGGGUGUUUCUCCUUCAGAUUCCCUUGGGAAAAUAAAGUUCCAAGGCCACACUCCCUUCUUUGCACCCCAACCUACACUGAUACAGGGGAAAGCAGCUGGAGUCGGAUGUCCUCUUCCAGCUUCAAUGCAGUCUUGCAGUGUCAGGGUGAACUUUGACCAGCGGGCAUCUAGCACUGUGCUGGAGGAGGCUGUGAAGGAGCAGCUCUCCAGGCAGGCAGGACUACACAGCAGAGUUUGGAGACUGCAGAGGAGACUGCAAGCCCUGCUUGGAGAGCAUGCUGUGCUACACUGCAACCAGCAGCUGGAGGGGCUGAAAAGGCACUGUCAUCUUGGAGAUGUGUCUCAUGACAGCCUGGACUCCAUACAUCCUGGUAUACUACCUCCACAAGCGGCUAGUAAACCCUAUUUUUCCUGGCUAGAGUCGUCCACAGCCUCAUCUUCAUUCACAGAGCUCAGAGAGUUUAGUCGCUCCAGCCAGGAGGUGCUGAGAGGUCUGCAGGAGGCCUUGGACUCUGAGGCCACAGCCAGCAGCAGCUCAGACGAUGAGUUAGAGGAGGAUAAGAGUCACCAUAGAACCAAGACUUCACCUGUCAAAAGCAGCAUCAGCUGUGAGAGACGAUGGCUGGAAGAGAGAGCGGAGCUGGGCAGCAGAUGGAGCUGGUUGCAGCUGCGUCUGGCUGAGCUGGAGGGGAGGAUACAACAACUGGUGGAGCUCCACAAGCACAUCCGUUCUUCCAAAGGUGGUGUGGUGCUUGCAGAGUCCCAGCCACUGACAGACAGAGAGAUUCAGCAGACCUUGCUGAGGGAAAUGGCAGGGUUGUCUUGCACAGCCUCGGAUGCUGACACUGAACCAUGCAGCCCCACACACCUUUUGCACAACAUAGAGAGACAGAGUGCUCAGCUUAGCCAGAUCGUCAACAGUCUGAUGCCUCCUCUCUUUUCACCGCUCUCAAAACAAGCACAGACCUGUAAAGUCAAGAGAAACUACACAAGCGGUCAGAAAGGAGAUGGUGUUUUUGUGCCUGGGAACUCUAAAAGAAGGAGACUGGCGACUUCAAGGCUCUUCAAGGCUGAUAUGUCAUGUGUUUGUGCCCGAACCCGACCUUUAGUCACCUAUCACAAGCCCAAACUGUUCACCUUUAACACCUACAACCCAAGCAGUCCACAGGAUCUGGGGAGGUCCACGUCCACCCUCUCCUCUUCUCUGUCAUCAUCUUCCUGUUCAUGUUGCUCCUCUUGUGAUCCUGUAGUCCUGUGUUCUGAUCCUGACUGCAGCUCUAGCUUAGCCCAGUCCUUCAAGAAGCAGAGCUCCAGACCUCACCCCGUGUUGUCUCUUUCAUUUGACACUCCUCUGUCCCACCACUUACAGAGAGCCCUAGCCAGAGAAGAAUGGUCCCAAAGGCCUUUAGUUAUCAACGCCCAAACGCCCACUCCAGCACAGUACAACAGACGCAGUUCCACGCCACUGCAUAACAGUCACAAAUACAAGCAGCAUGCAAGGCAUUGUAAAAACAGAGUUAUGGGUCUGUCACCUAUCAGGAUGGCAGGCUCUGCUCAGAGUCAACACAGAAGAGCCAAUCAGAGGAAAAGGAAGAGAAGAUGCAUCCACAGACUAAUAGAAGAUGAGCAGGAUGCCCUAUACCAGCUCGGUCAAGUGGAGGAAAGUUCAGAUGAAGUGCUGGAGGAGAGCUACACACAGGUUUCACGCAAGCAGGCCUCUCAGGGCUCUAUUCGCAAACGCCAGGGUGAGAGUGUGUACAACAUCAACAACAUUGUCAUCCCCAUGUCACUAGCUAAAGUGGAAAAGCUGCAGUACAAAGACAUCCUCACACCCAGGUGGCGGGUGGUGUGCGCACAGUCUCUGAUAGAAAACGAGGCAGAGAAGGAGAAAGACGGCGAGGGGCAGGUUGAGGAUCUCAGUGAUGAAGUCUUUGCUCAGAGACACGUGGCUGUGGAGCAGAGAGAGAAAUCGCGCUGGUCAUCCUGGGGAAAGAGGAAAUGCUGCAGGCGUCCUACACGAUCUGGCAGCAGGCUGUCAGGCAGUGGGGGUGGAAUAUGCACAUCAGGAGAAGAGAGCUCUGUGGAGUGGAGUGGUGCUCAGCUGGAUACUGAUGAACAGCCAAGCUCAGAGGAGUGGCUGCCUCAGACACCCUGGGAGCCACGAGUGUUUCCUUUGGAUGAGAAUGAAGAAGCCCUGCUCUGUGAUAGAUUAGAAAACGUACCCUCAGGGUGCUUAGAGUCUGGUUCUGCCUCCUCCUCAUCGAGGAACUCAAACUCCCAUCUUUCCCCGCCUCAGUCCUCUGGUGCUACACUGCCCUCUGGUGCACAAAGCAGGACCACUACACCCAAUGGCAGCUGAGGGAGCAGUGCCUUGCUUUUUCAUAUCUCCUCACAUCUGGGACCUUGAGGAGAAAUUGUGCCCUGGGAACCUUUAUUGGGAUACUUCAUAUGUUCCAUGAGUAGAGUGAUUUGAUAUUAUUAUCUUAAUACUUUGAAGCAAAAGUGUUUAUUUUGUGAGUAUUGUAACGUGCAGUUUUAAGUGACUACUGUAGCUCCUGCUACACUUUCAGGUUUUAAUGUAUGACAGGUACUGUAUGUAAAGAAAUAUAUACCAGCACAAUUCCUCUGUAGUCUCAGGUUUGCAGCCUAUACCGUUUGUAGUUGUCACUUAUUUAUUUUCACAUUUGUCUUAAAAUACUGUAUAGAAUGUCUUUAGUACAUACAUAUGUUAACUUUUACCUGAUUUACAUGUACUUUUUGAUUUCAUGUUUUUGUUUUUUGAUGUUGUGGUUUUGAUAUAUAUUUUUCAUGAAGAAAGGAAAAACUUAUUAGUAACUGUAAACAUUAGUAAACAUAGUGGAUGUUA